AAAGUAGGGACUGGACCCCCAAGCUUGUUGGUGUCUCCCUCUCUGCGCUGUAGAAGGAUGGACUCGUACCUCAUCCAAGUGAAUGGCCAUGGAGAUCAUGCCCCUGUGUUGGAUGUUCAUCUCAAGACCAAUGGGAACAGCAUAUCGCUGGGGAAGGUGAAGGGCCGGAAGCCAAGAUGGGCUGUCAGGGCUUCUGAAAUGUCAAAGAAGACUUUCAAUCCUGUCCGAGCCAUCGUAGACAGCAUGAAGGUGGAGCCCAACCCAAAGAAAGCUAUGAUCUCCUUGUCCUUAGGAGACCCGACGGUCUUUGGAAACCUUCCCACAAAUGAUGAGGUCACACUGGCUGUUAAGGAGGUUUUGGACUCAGGACGUUACAACGGUUAUGCUCCAGCUGUUGGCUACCAGUCCUGCCGGGAAGCAGUGGCCGCGUACUACAGCUGCCCGGAGGCGCCGCUGGAGGCCCAGGACGUCAUCCUGACAAGUGCCAUAGAGCUUGCCUUGGCAGUGCUGGCCAACCCGGGCCAGAACAUCCUGGUGCCACGGCCCGGCUUCUCCCUCUACAAGACUCUGGCAUUGUCUAUGGGGAUUGAGGUUAAACUCUACAACCUCUUGCCAGAGAAGGCCUGGGAAAUUGAUCUGAAGCACUUGGAGUCUCUGGUGGACGAGAAGACUGCUUGCCUCAUUGUGAACAACCCGUCAAACCCCUGUGGCUCUGUAUUCAGCAAGAGCCACCUCCAGAAGAUUCUCGCAGCGGCAUCAAGACAGUGCGUGCCCAUCCUUGCUGAUGAGAUCUACGGUGACAUGGUAUUUGCUGACUGCAAAUAUGAACCCAUUGCAACUCUCAGCACCAAUGUGCCAAUCUUGUCCUGUGGUGGCUUGGCAAAGCGGUGGCUAGUCCCUGGCUGGCGGAUGGGCUGGAUCCUGAUUCAUGACAGGAGAGACAUCUUUGGUAAUGAGAUCAGGGAUGGCCUUGUAAGACUGAGUCAAAGGAUCCUAGGGCCCUGUACAAUUGUCCAAGGAGCACUGGAACGUAUCUUGCACCGAACACCCCCUGAGUUCUACCACAACACCCUCAGCAUUCUCAAGUCCAAUGCUGACCUUUGUUAUACUGCCUUAUCAGCUAUCCCUGGCCUCCAGCCUGUUCGUCCUGCCGGAGCCAUGUACCUUAUGGUUGAGAUUGAAAUGGAGCAUUUCCCUGAGUUUGAAAAUGAUGUGGAGUUCACUGAGCGACUCAUCUCGGAGCAGUCUGUGUUCUGCUUACCAGCCACGUGCUUUGAGUACCCAAACUUCUUCCGUGUGGUUAUCACUGUGCCUGAGGAGAUGAUCUUGGAGGCCUGCAGUCGCAUUCAGGAGUUCUGUGAGAUGCACUACCAGGGUGCUGAGGGGACUCAGGAUCUGGAGUGUGACAAGUAG